GGACGAUAAUCGGAAUAAACCUUUUUGAUUUGGCUUGCUUUCCAUCCGGAUAUCCAUCCGUCGAGCUUAGUGGGUUCGAAGUCUCUCUCUCUCUCAGUCUUCCCACACGCUCUUGGUUCUCAGGUCUUGCACGAAUAUCUAUUGCGGUUCGUUCCAUUGCCGGCCUAUCGAUAAUGAUUGUCUCCAGUUAUGAACUAGCUGGGCAUCCAGACGCAGAAUGGCUGAAGUCAGUUGAAGCGUCCUGCGUUUGGGGCGACCUUUGCAUACACACCACUCAGGGUGUCGAUGUGCAGUGCGUGGAGCCACUGUUGCGAUCUUGUCAAUGCAGCGUCCGGCUUCAUUCUGAAGCUACCGAGAGCGAUGUGUUGGAUUACCUGGAUGCUGGGGCCAUGUAUGCAAUUCUGACGCCUGCUCAAAUCCUGACAAUGACCAACGUUCCCAAGAACAGGAUUGCAUGCUUGCUGUCUGGAAUGGAAGGCAAAGUAGAACUUCCAAAGGACAUUUCCUCACCGGUGAUCUUGGAGUUUGCAGACUCUGUACCCGUAACCCGUGCAGUCGUGGCUCGCGGCUGCGAAGAUUGCAGCAUCCCUGACAACUUUCAAGUGAUUGUGUCUGGAAAGCCUCCAUCUUGUCUCGAAGCAGGGAAGAUCCUCAAGGCUGGCUACACAUUGCAGUUGGCUGGAGAUCUCACUGAACCGGACGCUGAGCUCAGCGUUGCAGGCAUAUUGAACAGUAUUGUGAAGAGUGAUCGCGAAGAUGGUCUUGUACCAACUGUGGUGGUGGAUGAGUCACAGAUGUGCCUUGGUUUGGUGUACUCCAGUGCUGGCAGCUUGGAGGAAGCAAUCCGUCGCCGCCGCGGUGUGUAUCAGUCAAGAAAGCGAGGCCUCUGGUACAAGGGUGAAAGCUCUGGAGACACUCAGGAUCUGCUUCGUGUGGAUAUCGACUGUGAUUUCGACAGCCUACGAUUUGUAGUUCGUCAGCAUGGCGUGGGUUUCUGUCACCUGCAACGCUAUGGCUGCUUUGGACCACGCACAGGCCUCGAAGCUAUGGUCAACAUACUGCAAUCUCGCAAGCAGAACGCACCGGAAGGAUCUUACACCAAGCGUCUCUUCGGUGACAAUAAACUUCUUCAGUCAAAGCUGUUGGAAGAGGCACAGGAGUUAGCAGAUGCAGUGAGCCCAAAAGACGUGGCCUGGGAAGCAGCUGACGUGCUCUACUUCGCCAUGGUCAAGUGCGUGCGAAGCGGCGUCAAUCUGAGCGACGUGGAGCGCAUGCUUGACCAGCGAACUAGGCGUGUACGUCGCCGUAAAGGUGAUGCCAAGCCAAACAUACAGCUGGCAGACAAUGGCGCCCAGCCCAUGCGUCAAGUGUCUCCACAGCUGUCCGCUGGGCCAGUGCUUGGGACGCAAGAAGGCCCAAAGUUGGACAAGUCAGGCGCAGGAUCAGCAGCAGCAGCACCUGUGCCCACGGUGUCGAUUCAGCCUGAACCGUUUACCAGCCUGCAGGUGCAUGACAAAUCCUCCAUUACUGCAGAUCAGGAGCAGAAACUCUGCCAGAGGCCAGCAGUCACUGACAAUGCCCGACUGAUGAAGAUCGUGCAGCCAAUUCUUGCUGACGUGCGCUCUCGUGGCGAUGACGCUGUCCUGGAACUAACAGCCAAGUUUGAUCGGGUCAAACUCGACUCACCUGUUAUCACUGUGCCUCCAUUGGAAGAAGUCCAGGUGACGGACGAUGUGCGUGAUGCUCUAGAGGUUGCGUAUGCUAACGUUCACAAGUUCCACGAGGCUCAGCUCACUGACACUCUCCGGGUUGAAACAUGCCCGGGUGUGAAGUGCCAGCGAUUCUCCAGGCCUAUCCAAAAGGUUGGUCUCUACGUGCCGGGUGGUUCAGCGGUGCUCCCGUCCACUGCUCUCAUGCUGGCCAUACCAGCCAGGGUAGCAGGUUGUGAGAAUGUCUUGCUUGCAACACCGCCCAGGAAAGAUGGCACAAUAUCACCGGAAGUCCUGUAUGUCGCUGCCAAGAGUGGUAUCAAAACAAUACUUUUAGCUGGUGGUGCCCAAGCUAUUGCUGCCAUGGCGUAUGGGACCAAGAGUGUUCCCAAAGUGGACAAGAUCUGCGGUCCCGGAAACUCAUUCGUCACGAUGGCCAAGAUGCUUGUACAGAAUGACAGUACUGCAAUGGUUAGCAUUGAUAUGCCGGCGGGACCUUCAGAAGUCAUGGUUGUGGCUGACUCAACAGCCAAUCCAGAAUUUGUAGCAGCUGAUCUCCUCUCUCAGGCUGAACACGGACCAGAUAGUCAGGUUGUACUCGUCGCAGUCAAUCUAACUACAGCUGAGUUGGACUGCAUACAAGAGCAAGUGAAGUCGCAGUUGAGCACUCUACCACGGGCUGAGAUUACUAGUGUUGCCCUCGGCAAGAGUUUUGUGCUGCAAGUGAAGACAAUGGAUGAAGGCCUCGAAUUCGCUAACCGAUAUGCUCCGGAGCAUCUUAUACUGAAUGUGGAAGAGGCUGCAAAGUACCUUGACAAGGUUAUGAAUGCUGGCUCUGUGUUUAUUGGCCCAUACUCGGCAGAAAGCUGUGGAGAUUACGCAUCCGGCACGAACCACACGCUACCGACGUACAGCUAUGCCAAGAUGUACAGCGGCGUGAGCACGUCCACCUUCCAGAAGUACAUCACGUCGCAGGAGCUGGACGCCGAGGGACUGCUCAACAUCGGACCGGCCGUCGCCACCCUGGCCGCCGUGGAGGGGCUGGACGCUCACCGGCAAGCAGUGGUGCGCCGCAUGGCACACAUCAAACAACACCAGCAGUCGUAACCAUAUGGUGACGGCACACCCCCUUUUUUCCUCUCUCUCUAUUUAGUUUCCUUACUCUCUGAUCUAUUAGCACUGAGUACUAUCAACAGUUGUGUAUACCUCACACUCAGUAUUUCUAGUAUUUAUUUUACCAUGUCACAUAUCCGCGCCUGGCGACACCGAGGUCAGACUUCAUAUAACCCCAAUGCUGAUGACUGCACAUUCGUAUUCUCUUGCUUCCUGCUACAUAUUAACAGUGAAACCAUUGUUAUUUUUGCCAUCUACACACACAUGACAUCUUCUAGAACUGCACUGCAGCUUGUGAAAAUAAUAAGCAACCUGAAUCUUCUUUAAAAAAAACCCACAGCACAUUUUUCAUGAAUAACACAAAAUCAAUAUAAUUAUUGAAUUGUAAUCAAGGACAUCUUAUCGA